AUGACCAAAGAGUAUCAAACGAUACAAUUUACCCGGUGCUACUACAACGCACUCGUUGGUACAAAUGUGAUGAUGCCCAAAAAUGACGAACCUCGUCGAAUAUCGGUGCUGCCGGGUAGUCGCAUCAAAAUCCAUCGCCGUGAUCGAACACCCGUCAAAUUUAGAUAUCCUGUGUCUAUUCGUUGGUGCAUUCCUUAUCUGAGUUUCGUUUUAUCCUGA